ACAGUUUAUCGUUAGCCAUUGCAGUGAAAAGUUCGUGUCGUCCCGCAUAUCUGAAAGUGAAAAAGUGAAAAUUUGCUGGAGAAACUAUUCGAAACUUGAUGAAAAUUGUGCAAAAUCUUACCGAAGGCGAGCAAUAAUUGUGUCGGACAAGAACAUACACGUGCAGGAGAAUUGAACGAAGCGAACUCGUUGAUAAUACAACACAACCAAACGAAUAUUGAAUAGAGGCUAAUCGUAAGUGAAAGGAAGACGACUGUCAAAAACUCUCGAGCAUGGAACAGUUUACCCCCAAGGAGGUAAAAAUCCUCGAAAGCGCUGAGGAUAUUCAAGAGCGCCGUGAACAGGUGCUCAACCGAUACAAUGAGUUCAAGGUCGAAACGCGCCACAAGCGCGAGAAGCUGGAAGAUUCGCGUCGUUUCCAGUACUUUAAGCGUGACUCGGACGAGUUGGAAAGCUGGAUCCACGAGAAAUUGCAGGCCGCUUCGGAGGAGAGCUAUCGCGAUCCUACCAAUUUGCAGGCCAAGAUUCAGAAGCAUCAGGCGUUCGAGGCUGAAGUUUCGGCCCAUAGCAAUGCGAUCGUAGUAUUGGACAACACCGGUCAGGAGAUGAUCAAUCAGCACCACUUUGCCUCGGACACUAUCCAACGUCGCUUGGAUGAGUUGCACCGUUUGUGGGAAUUGUUGCUGUCCCGUUUGGCCGAAAAGGGAAUGAAAUUGCAACAGGCUCUGGUCUUGGUGCAAUUCUUGCGCCACUGCGAGGAGGUCAUGUUCUGGAUCAAGGACAAGGAAGCUUUUGUGACGGCCGAUGAGUUCGGUCAAGAUUUGGAACAUGUCGAAGUCUUGCAACGUAAGUUUGACGAGUUCCAGAAGGACAUGGCUUCGCAAGAGUAUCGAGUUACUGAAGUCAACGAGUUGGCUGACAAGUUGCUCUCAAACGGACACCCUGAGCGUGAAACUAUCACUCGCAAGAAGGAAGAAUUGAACGAGGCUUGGCAACGCCUGAAGCAGCUGGCUAUUCUGCGUCAGGAAAAGCUUUUCGGUGCCCAUGAAAUUCAACGUUUCAAUCGCGAUGCUGAUGAAACCGUCGCUUGGAUUGCUGAAAAAGACGUUGUUCUGUCGUCGGAUGAUUAUGGACGUGACUUGGCUAGUGUUCAAGCUUUGCAACGCAAGCACGAAGGGGUAGAGCGCGACUUGGCUGCUCUGGAAGAUAAGGUGGCCACUUUGGGAGCUGAAGCCGGUCGCUUAUGUAGCAUCCACGCCGAUCAUAGUGAUCAAAUUCGUGAGAAGCAAGCUGAAAUUGCUGCCUACUGGCAAUCAUUGACUGCCAAGGCCAAGGAACGUAAGCAAAAACUGGAUGAAUCAUAUUUCUUGCACCGUUUCUUGGCUGAUUUCCGCGAUUUGGUUUCGUGGAUCAACGGAAUGAAGGCCAUUAUCUCGGCUGAUGAACUUGCAAAGGAUGUAGCUGGAGCUGAGGCUCUGCUUGAGCGUCACCAGGAGCACAAAGGAGAAAUCGAUGCCCGUGGAGAUAGCUUCAAGGUUACAACCGAGGCUGGUCGUCAGCUUUUGGAACGGGAGCAUUAUGCCGCUGCUGAAGUGCAGGAAAAAUUGGCUGCUCUAGAGAGCGAUAAGAGUUCGCUUCUCGCGCUUUGGGAAGAACGUCGCAUUUUGUAUGAACAGUGCAUGGAUCUACAACUGUUCUAUCGUGACACUGAGCAGGCAGAUACUUGGAUGGCCAAACAGGAAGCUUUCCUAGCCAAUGAAGAUCUAGGAGAUUCGCUUGAUUCCGUCGAAGCGCUGAUUAAGAAGCACGAAGAUUUCGAGAAAAGUUUGGCGGCCCAAGAGGAGAAGAUCAAGGCUUUGGAUGUUUUCGCUACAAAGCUCAUCGAUGGUCAGCAUUACGCUGCUGACGAUGUUGCCCAACGUCGUUCAAUGUUGUUAGCUCGUCGAUCAGCCUUGCUCGAGAAGUCUUCUGUACGCCGUCAACUGCUGGAGGAUUCCAGUGCUUUGCAGCAAUUUGAACGUGACUGCGAUGAGACUAAAGGAUGGAUCAGCGAAAAGCUUAAAUUUGCCACAGAUGACAGCUAUUUGGACCCAACCAAUCUGAAUGGAAAAGUUCAGAAACAUACCAACUUUGAGCAUGAAUUAACGGCCAACAAGAGCCGCAUUGAAGACAUCACCACCAAUGGUCAGAAUUUAGUCGAGAAGGGACACUACGGUGCCGAUCAAAUCAACUCGCGCAUGCAGGAGAUUGUCACUUUGUGGGAAUCUUUGGUUCAAUCAUCGGACAAAAAGGGCUGCAAAUUGCAGGAAGCAUCCCAACAGCAACAAUUCAAUCGCACCGUUGAAGAUAUUGAACUGUGGUUGAGCGAAGUGGAAGGCCAACUAAUGUCCGAGGAUUAUGGCAAAGACCUGACCAGUGUCCAGAAUUUGCAGAAGAAACAUGGUUUGUUGGAGGCUGAUGUCAUGGCCCAUCAAGAUCGCAUUGAAGGAAUUAAAGUUGCAGCGAACAAGUUCGUCGAGAGUGGUCAUUUCGAUGCCGACAACAUCCGUAAUAAGGAAUCUGCGCUGUCCAAGCGUUAUGGAGCUCUGGCUACUCCGAUGGCUGAACGAAAGCAGCGUUUGUUGGAUUCCCUACAGGUGCAGCAACUGUUCCGUGAUCUGGAAGACGAAGCUGCAUGGAUCCGUGAGAAGGAACCUGUCGCUGCAUCCACCAACCGUGGCCGCGAUUUAAUCGGUGUUCAGAAUUUGAUUAAGAAGCAUCAGGCCGUGUUGGCAGAAAUCAACAAUCAUGAAAAUCGCGUCGCCGGAGUCAUCGCGAAUGGCGAGCAAAUGUUGACUGAGCAGCCUUUUGCCACCGAAGAUAUCAAAUUGCGUUUGGAUGCUGUUAAAGAUCAAUGGAAUUCAUUGAAGGAGAAGGCUAAUCAACGGAAGCAAGAUCUGGAAGAUUCGUUGCAGGCCCACCAGUACUUUGCUGAUGCUAACGAGGCGGAAUCUUGGAUGCGUGAGAAGGAACCUAUCGUAUCGAAUCAAGAUUACGGCAAGGACGAAGAUUCGUCUGAAGCUUUGUUGAAGAAGCAUGAAGCAUUGGUGUCCGAUUUGGAAGCUUUUGGUAACACCAUUCAAGCUUUGCAAGAACAGGCCAAGAAUUGUCGUCAGCAGGAAACACCAGUGGUGGACAUUACCGGAAAGGAAUGCGUCAUGGCUCUGUAUGAUUAUACCGAGAAAUCUCCUCGUGAAGUUUCGAUGAAGAAGGGGGACGUAUUAACUCUUUUGAACUCGAACAACAAGGAUUGGUGGAAGGUAGAGGUCAACGAUCGUCAGGGAUUCGUUCCGGCUGCAUACAUUAAGAAGAUCGAUCCUGGCCUAAGCGCCAGUCAACAGAAUUUGGUUGAUGGCCAUUCAAUUGCUAAGCGCCAGGCUCAAAUCAACAGCCAGUACGAUAACUUGCUUGCUUUGGCACGUGAACGACAGAACAAAUUGAAUGAAACCGUAAAGGCUUAUGUUCUGGUACGUGAAGCUGCUGAUUUGUCCGCUUGGAUUCGCGACAAGGAAAGCCACGCUCAGAUUAAGGAUGUUGGCGAAGAUCUGGAAGAAGUUGAAGUUAUGCAGAAGAAGUUUGAUGACUUCAAUGAUGAUCUGAAGGCUAACGAAGUUCGUCUAGCUAAGUUGAACGAGAUUGCCGUACAGCUGACUUCGCUAGGUCAAACCGAAGCAGCAUUGAAGAUCAAAACUCAAAUUCAGACCUUGAACGAAGAGUGGACAGUUUUGCAGAAUAUUACCCAGGAAAGGGCUAGUCAACUUGGAUCGGCUCAUGAGGUUCAACGCUUCCAUCGUGAUGUAGAUGAAACCAAGGAUUGGAUUGGCGAGAAGGACACAGCUUUGACGAAUGACGAUCUUGGUAAGGAUCUGCGUGGCGUUCAGACCCUGCAACGCAAGCAUGAAGGUUUGGAGCGUGAUUUGGCAGCUCUACGAGACAAAAUUCGUCAAUUGGACGAAACUGCCAAUCGCCUCAUGCAAUCCCACCCGGAAACCGCCGAGCAGACUUAUGCCAAGCAGAAGGAAAUCAACGAGGAAUGGCAGCAGGUUGUUGCCAAAACUCAGCAACGCAAGGAGAAGCUGUUAGAUUCUUAUGAUCUACAGCGGUUCCUGAGCGAUUAUCGCGAUCUGAUGGCUUGGAUCAGCUCAAUGAUGGGCUUGGUCACGUCCGAAGAGUUGGCCAACGAUGUCACCGGGGCUGAAGCUUUAAUCGAAAGACAUCAGAAUCAUCGUGCUGAAAUUGAUUUUCGUUACGGUAUCCCGCAGGAACACCGUACCGAGGUAGAUGCCCGCGCUGGAACCUUCGCUGCGUUCGAUCAGUUUGGAGCUGAGCUGUUGCAGGCAAAUCAUUAUGCGUCACCCGAAAUUCAAGAGAAAAUUGAAAACUUGGCCAAGGCACGUGAGGAUUUGGAGCGUGCCUGGACUGCUCGUCGUCUGCAGUUGGACCAGAAUCUGGAUCUUCAGCUGUAUCUGCGUGAUUGCGAACAGGCUGAGAACUGGAUGAGCGCCCGUGAAGCAUUCCUGAAUGCCGAAGAAGUCGACUCCAAGGGCGACAACGUGGAAGCAUUGAUUAAGAAGCACGAAGACUUUGACAAAGCUAUCAACGGUCAUGAGGAGAAAAUUGCCGCCCUGCAGGUGCUGGCUGAUCAAUUGAUUGCCCAGGAGCACUACGCAGGAAAAUUAAUCGACGACAAGCGUGCAGAUGUGUUGGAUCGUUGGCGUCACUUGAAGGAAGAUUUGAUUGAAAAACGAUCUCGCUUGGGAGAUGAGCAAACUCUACAGCAAUUCUCACGUGAUGCUGAUGAAAUCGAAAACUGGAUUGCCGAGAAGCUGCAACUAGCCACGGAGGAAAGUUACAAGGACCCGGCCAAUAUUCAAUCCAAGCAUCAGAAGCACCAGGCUUUCGAAGCCGAAUUGGCUGCUAAUGCCGAUCGUAUUCAGAGCGUGUUGGCGAUGGGAAGCAAUUUGAUCGAUAAGAAUCAAUGCAGUGGGUCCGAAGAUGCAGUUCAGAAGCGUUUGACACAGAUCGCUGAUCAGUGGGAAUAUCUGACCCAGAAAACAACGGAGAAAUCCCUGAAGCUGAAGGAAGCUAACAAACAGCGCACUUAUAUUGCUGCUGUCAAGGAUUUGGACUUCUGGUUGGGUGAAGUUGAGAGUCUUUUGACCUCAGAAGAUGCUGGAAAAGAUUUGGCUUCCGUCCAAAAUCUUAUGAAGAAGCACCAGCUGGUAGAGGCUGACAUCCAUGCCCAUGAAGAUCGCAUCAAGGAUAUGAACGCCCAAGCCGACUCAUUGGUCGAAAGUGGCCAAUUUGACAGUGCAGGAAUUCAAGAAAAGCGUCAGUCCAUCAACGAGCGUUACGAACGUAUUUGUAAUUUGGCAGCACAUCGCCAAGCUCGCUUGAACGAAGCCAACACUUUGCAUCAAUUCUUCCGUGACAUUGCCGACGAGGAAUCCUGGAUUAAGGAAAAGAAAUUGUUGGUUGGUUCGGAUGAUUAUGGUCGCGAUUUAACCGGUGUCCAAAAUCUGAAAAAGAAGCACAAGCGUCUUGAGGCUGAGUUGGCUUCUCACGAGCCAGCAAUUCAGGCUGUUCAGGAAGCUGGUGAAAAGUUGAUGGAUGUUUCGAAUCUUGGUGUUCCAGAAAUUGAGCAACGUCUGAAGGCUCUGAACCAAGCCUGGGCUGAAUUGAAGAGCUUGGCUGCUACUCGUGGUCAGAAACUGGAUGAAUCUCUCAUUUAUCAACAAUUCUUAGCUAAGGUUGAAGAAGAGGAAGCAUGGAUUACCGAGAAGCAACAACUGUUGUCGGUUGAAGAUUAUGGAGAUUCGAUGGCUGCUGUCCAGGGUCUUUUGAAGAAACAUGACGCCUUCGAGACCGAUUUCGCCGCUCAUCGUGAUCGUUGCGCUGACAUUCAUGACAAUGGUCAAACUUUGGUGACCAAUAAUAAUCAUCACGCCGAAAGCAUUUCGCAGCGCUGCACACAACUGGAUAAGAAGUUGGAGAAUCUGCAGGCGUUGGCUACUCGUCGCAAGAGCGCCCUUCUGGACAACUUUGCUUAUCUUCAAUUCAUGUGGAAGGCCGAUGUGGUUGAAAGUUGGAUUGCCGAUAAAGAAAAUCACGUCAAAUCGGAAGAGUUUGGACGUGAUUUGUCUACUGUUCAAACAUUGCUAACCAAACAGGAGACAUUCGACGCUGGUCUCUCUGCAUUCGAACAUGAAGGAAUCCAUAAUAUCACUGCGUUGAAAGAUCAACUAAUUAACGCCAAUCACGCCCAAUCGGCCGCCAUCCUCAAGCGCCACGAAGAUGUGUUGACCCGCUGGCAGAAAUUGCGCGCUGAUUCGGAGGCUCGCAAGUAUCGUCUAUUGGCCAUGCAGGAGCAGUUCCGUCAGAUUGAAGAUCUCUAUCUGACGUUUGCCAAGAAGGCUUCCGCUUUCAACUCGUGGUUCGAAAACGCUGAAGAAGAUCUCACCGAUCCGGUGCGGUGCAAUUCGAUUGAGGAAAUCAAGGCGCUGCGCGAAGCUCACGCCCAGUUCCAGGCAUCGUUGUCAUCAGCCCAGUAUGACUUCCAAGCAUUGGCCGAUCUAGACCGUAAAAUCAAGAGCUUCAACGUUGGUCCCAAUCCGUACACGUGGUUCACAAUGGAAGCUCUAGAAGACACCUGGCGUAAUCUGCAAAAGAUCAUCGAAGAACGUGAUGCUGAAUUGGCAAAGGAAGUUCACCGUCAAGAAGAGAACGACAAGCUUCGCAAGGAAUUCGCCAAACAUGCCAACUUGUUCCACCAGUGGCUUACCGAAACAAGAUACAGCAUUCUGGGAUGGGACAAAAAUGGAACAUCUCUUAUGGACGGAUCCGGUUCGUUGGAGGAACAAUUUGAAGCGCUUUGUCACAAAGCAAAUGAAAUUCGCGCUCGUCGUGGAGAUCUGAAGAAGAUUGAAGAGUUGGGUGCCACCUUGGAAGAGCACCUUAUUUUGGAUAACCGCUAUACUGAACACUCAACUGUAGGCCUUGCACAACAGUGGGAUCAGCUUGACCAACUUGCCAUGCGCAUGCAGCACAACCUGAGACAACAAAUCCAAGCCCGCAAUCAAUCUGGCGUCUCGGAGGAUUCACUCAAAGAAUUCUCAAUGAUGUUCAAGCACUUCGACAAGGACAAGAGCGGCAAGCUCAACCACCAAGAAUUCAAAUCCUGUUUACGUGCCCUGGGUUACGAUUUACCAAUGGUGGAGGAAGGCCAGCCCGACCCGGAGUUCGAGGAAAUUUUGAAUGUGGUGGACCCGAACCGCGAUGGACAUGUUUCACUCCAGGAAUACAUAGCCUUUAUGAUCUCCAAGGAAACGGAGAACGUACAAAGCUACGAGGAAAUCGAAAAUGCUUUCCGCGCAAUCACCGCCUCCGAUCGUCCUUACGUCACCAAGGAUGAACUUUAUUCCAACCUCACCAAGGACAUGGCAGAUUACUGCGUACAGCGGAUGAAACCGUUCAACGACCCGAAAACGGGCCAUCCCAUCACCGGUGCCCUCGAUUAUGUGGAGUUCACGCGAACUCUAUUCCAAAAUUAAACCUAUUUCAAACAUAUAAACUUUUCAGCCAAUAAAGAAUGUAUGUUCGUACUCGUAUUAAGCGCAAGAAACCCAGUCGGCUUAUUAUAUUGAUUUUAUUUUAUUCUGCAAUACAUAAUCCCAUAUUAAGGAAGUACUCACGAAUGCACUUACCUCCGCUGAUCGAUCUAGAAUGCUUUUCAUGUUUCGCUUUUACCAAUAUAAAACGUUGAACUUUUCUAGAUGUUAAGAAAAAGCACAAAAGUUUUCAGCUUAAAAACACAUCUAACUCUUUAUAAUAAUGUUCUGAUCAAUUUCUGGAUACGAAGAAAUUGGCUUUGAAUAUCGACAUUCGCCGAAACAUACCUGAAAACUUUUAAACGAUCUACCGAAAUAAAACGAAAUCUUUAACGAACUGUUUGAUGUUGAAAAAAAAGCAACCAAUAAAAAAUAGCAAAUAAAAAGCAUUUAGAUUGAUGAGCAACAUUUUAGAUUAUGGCUAGCUAUGUAGCAGCUUUGAAAUAUUUCAGAUAUUUAUUAUAUAACCAUAUGCAUUUCCUAUCUAUUUAUUCGGAAAUAAAAUACGCAUUAGCACGAA